AUGGCGGCUCAGCAACAGAAGUCCGGGAAACCCUGGAGUGGCACAAAUCGCAUUCCCAACAUCAAGGAGUUUGUUGCACAGCUUGACAGAGACAAGCCCCAAAGAGACAAGGCUCUCGACUCACAGAAGCUUGCCCAAGAGGCUCAACAAUAUUCCGCUGAAGUUACUCCGCAUACGAAUGAAAAACAAAAGAAAGACGGCAAGACAGUCACAGAUCCAGUCACUGGAAACCAAGUGGUCAUUGCAGAUGUCGGCAAGGAGUACAUGAAGAGGGCCGACAAUCCCCAGCUUUCGGUGCCAAACGCAAACCUGGGCAGACCUACCACAGUUGCGACGGAUCCUUCCCAGAAGAAUCCCGAAUACAAGGAAAAGCAGGACAUCACUGCCCCUCCAGACCCCAUUGCUGAAGGCAGCACUUCUGACGUCCCCAUCCAUGGAGAAAAGACCAACGUCCUGUUCCAUCCAACCCCUUCAGUCAGUUAUGAGCCCAUGUUCGAGCUUCUUGAGAACCGAGCCGGUGGACUGUGCAUUGCCAUUCUCGUCUCCAUUGUCGUCUUUGGGAAGAUGUUUGGUGGCUCUCUCAAGGGAUUGAUUCCCCUGGGCAUGUGCGUCGCUUCCGCCGUCUGGUUGUGGAUGAAAGAGGUGGUACGGAGUGGUCGUGAGGUGGAAUGGAGCAGCGAGCAGAGUAGAGGGGAAACGGCUGUAGUCAACCUCCUCCCUGAGUCGGUCGAAUGGAUGAACACAUUCCUGAGCGUCGUUUGGGGCUUGAUCAACCCGGAUAUGUUUGCUGCCGUGGCAGACACUCUGGAAGACGUUAUGCAAGCGUCUGUUCCUGGUGUCAUCAAUAACGUCAGAGUGGCCGAGAUCGACCAAGGAAGCAACCCUAUUCGAAUUCUUAGUUUGCGGGCCCUUCCUGACUCGAAAAUGCAUGAGCUCAAGCAGAGCAUUCACGAAGAGAAUAAAAAGACCAAAGACCCACAAGAAGCGGCAGCGGACGAGGAAGGUGGUGACUAUUACAACCUCGAAAUCGCUUUUGCAUACCACGCGAAACCCGCCGGUAAUCGUGCCUCUGCGGCUUCAAGAGCAAGGAACAUGCACAUGAACCUUGUCUUCUAUCUUGGCAUCAAGGGGCUCAUUGGGGUCCCUCUGCCCAUCUUUGUCGAACUUCAAGAACUUGUCGGAACCGUGCGCUUGCGAUUGCAGAUGACUCCUGAGCCACCUUUUGCAAAGAGUCUUACCUUCACUCUGAUGGGUGUUCCUCAUGUCCAAGCAGGCUGCAUCCCCAUGGUUCAGAAGGGGGUUAAUAUCCUCAAUCUGCCAUUGAUUUCAAACUUUGUCAAUUACGCGAUUGGCGCAGCGGCAAGCAUGUACGUUGCUCCAAAAUCAAUGCAGCUCGAUUUGAAGUCGAUGCUGCAAGGCGACGAUAUUACCAAAGAUACACAGGCCAUGGGAGUCAUGUGGAUUCGGAUCCAUCGCGCCAUUGGCCUCAGCAAGCAAGAUCGUCGUGGUAGCAAGUACGGUGGAAGUGACCCUUAUAUUAACCUGUCCUUCUCCAAGUACGGAAAGCCGAUGUAUUGCACUCGGGUCAUCACAGACGACCUCAAUCCUGUGUGGGAAGAAACUGCCGCCCUUCUUGUCACGCCAGAGCUUAUCAAGGCCGACGAACAACUCAGCGUCGAACUGUGGGAUUCGGACCGCAAUUCUGCGGACGACAUGGUUGGCAAGGUUGAGUUGUCCAUGCAGAAAAUGAUUCAGCAUCCCGGCAAAAUGUAUCCUCAGAUCUCAAAACUCGCUGGCACUCAGGAGGGAAGCGAAAUGCCAGGUGAGCUGCAUUGGGAAGUAGGCUACUUUGGCAAGCCCAAAUUCCGACCUGCCCUUCGUACUGAUGGCAAGGACAAAAACCUACCGGCUGAGCUCAAACACGAUGAGAAGCUCCAAGAUGAGAAAGGCGUCAUUGACUCUGAAGACGCGGAUGCCGUGGCACAUACUCCUCCUGAUCCGUUGUGGCCUAGUGGCAUCUGUAGCGUUGUUAUCCACCAGAUCGUCAAUCUCGAACUCGAGAACAUCAAAGGGAGUGAUGGCAAUCGAAAGGGUAAAGAGUUUGAGCCGGCCAAGCCUUACGGCGAGGGUACAGAUGAGGAGGGCAUCAAACUCCCAACUUCUUACUGUACCAUUCUGUUUAAUGACACACUGGUCUACCGCACUCGUGCAAAGGCUGUCAGCAGCAAGCCCAUCUUCAACGCUGGCACAGAACGCUUUAUGCGAGAUUGGAGGUCUGGAAUCGUCACAAUCACUGUUCGUGAUCAACGCAACCGAGAGCACGACCCUAUUCUGGGUGUUGUGCCCCUUCGCUUGUCAGACAUACUCACGACCAGUUCCCAAGUGACCAGGUGGUACCCUCUUGACGGUGGCAUUGGGUUUGGCCGAAUCAGGAUUUCGCUCCUCUUCCGGAGUGUGGAGACUCGACUUCCUCCCAACAUGCUGGGCUGGGAUGUCGGCACUUUCGAAUUCAUCUCUGACAGAAUCGUGGCUACAGGUUGGAACGCUAAUUCGAAGCUUAAAUUGCGCACAGGCGGCAGCGUUGGCAAAAUCCCCCGGACGCAAUGCCACAGCAGCGAGGGAGGUGAUGGUGUUUACUUCGAUGUCUCAAGCGAGAACAACAACCACAUUCGUCUCCCUGUCAAGUACCGAUACAGGUCGCCAGUGAUCUUUGAGUUCCAUGUGACCGGUAAACGUGGAGCGGCGGCGUACGCUUGUAUUUGGCUUCAGAAUUUGGUUGACAACGAAGAGGCAUCAAUCGACAUCCCUAUUUGGACGACCAAGAAUGGCAACCGACUCGUGCAAAAUUACAUUACCGAAGAGAACGUCAAGGCGUUCAUGGACAAGGGUUUGGAAGACUUGAAAGAGGUUGGCCGACUUCAGUUCCGAGGUCGAUUCAAAGCCGGCAUGGACGAGUCGCACCGAGAUUUCAUUGUGGACAAUAAUAGUCGGGAGACGUAUGAGACGUUCGAGGCAUGCUUGACCGAAGGUGUGCGUGAGCGAGUUGUCCAGGGUGAGGUGCCAGAAAAUAUCCAGGAAAUGCACGAAGCAUCUCUGAAAGAGGGCCGCGACAUCCUCCACCAAGAGACGUCAGAGAAGGAGAAGCGGAAGUGGCUCAGCAAGACCGGCGAAGACUGGUCCGGGGCAUUCAGUCAUGACCCGAGAGCAUACACCAACAAAAAGCAUGAAAAGAUUGCUGAGCCCGGUACUGACGAGCCUCCUCACGAUCCAUAUAAUCCCUCCGACAACGAUGAUGACGACGCCGAGCCUAUCGAUGAUGACUCGUCAGAUCUGGGCAUCACUGAUGCCCACAACGCUCCGGAAGGGGGCUUCAAGGCGGAUCCCAAGGACGUCAAUGGCCUGAAUGGCCAUGCUGAGGAUGCGAAUGGGCGGCCAAGUGCUGAUACCAUGGCGACAGGCCAAACCGGCUGCACGACCAUGACCGAGGCAUCGACGACCUCCUCAGUGCAGCCGGUGCAGAAGAGGGAUAGUGAUUUCGAGAAGAAGGCCGGAAAACGAUCAGAAGAGCGCAAGCAUCGAGGGUUGUCACAAUGGACGCCGGCGAGAAACGUCAAGUUUGCUAAGGAUGAAGCAAAGAUUGGAAUGAGCAAAAUUAAGAAGCGGUUUACAGGGGGGCUUGGUGGCAGAGAGCCUGGCGUCGAGACCGAGGCUUGA